AUGGACAACCAUGUUGCCAACGCUCCACCGCCGGAAACACCUACUAAGGAAGGUUCGCCCACUGCCGGUGGCACAGUCCAUCAAAUCGGCAGUCUGUCCAUUGACCAUGCCCGGCCACGGGACGGCAGUCCUCGCUCUCGCCGUGAGCGUGGCAUGAUGGGAGCAGCAACCGUCAGGCCAAACCGCUCAGCCCAUUCCCAGUCUCCACGGAGCUGUGAGCAUGCCAAAGCGCGCCAGACAUAUCGAAACCCAAGGACUGCUGUCUCCAAGGGCCCCAAGAAGCCCGCCUACGACCGCCAUCACUUCCCCAGUGCUUUGUCUGGAGAGCAUCUGCAACGGAAAUUGAGCGAAUCAAAGACUAACAUAACACCCUUCGUGCAAAGCCACGACAGAUUAAAGAACCCAGUCCGUGUGGACUCUGGCUUUUGCGCCAUGCCCUCCAGGGACACCACUCUGGUGGACGUCAGAGGUGCCGCACCACUAAAACUUUCUCUCGCUAUCGACGACAAGUUGAGCAUCGAUACUACUUGUCUUCGUAAAGAUAUUGUAGCGGCACCAGCCGACAGCCGGUAUCCGGGUUUGAUUCUCCAACCUGAUUCGUCUCCAAUAUCACAGGAGCAACUUGCUGCUGAGGUUAAGAGUAUAUAUUCUGGUCUUGUAAUGGUCGAGGCGAAGUGCAUCAAUAUUGCUGCGGGGCAAGCCGCAGAUCCCAAGUCCAAGCUUGGUCAUGAGCAAUGGCAGGCAUUGAUUGCGUUGCACCGAACGCUCCUGUAUGAGCAUCAUGAUUUCCUCAUGGUACGUAGCUUCCGCGCAAAGACAAUGUUAUCCCCCCUGAUCCAGCGAGCAGGCCACGCAGCAUCCCUCUGCUCCACCAAAUCUUCGUGGCUUGGCUAUGAAGUAUAACAUGCCAGCUCGAAUGUGGAAGCAUGGCAUCCACGCAUUUCUCGAGUUCCUGCGCCAUCGGCGACCAGAAUCUCAAGAUUACAUGCUCGCGUUCAUUUAUCUGGCAUACCAGAUGAUGGCACUUCUCUUUGAAACCGUUCCAAGCUUCACAGACACCUGGAUCGAAUGCCUUGGCGACCUUGCCCGCUAUCGCAUGGCCAUCGAGGAGGAAAAGGAAGCGCAUGCCACCUGGGGAGGUAAGUUACUGUCGUCAGUCGGGAGAGGUAUCAGCGGCUGAUUUCGUCCUCCAGGGGUUGCUUCCAGGUGGUACACCACGGCUUCUGACCGUCAUCCAGCCAUCGGCCGCUUGUAUCACCAUUUAGGCAUACUGGAACGGCCAAGUCUUCGAAAAUUGUGUUUGUACUCCAAAUCCCUCACCUGCGUGAUUCCGUUCCCUAAUGCUCGUGAUUCUCUCGCGACAUUGUGUGGCCCGAUCGUGCAGGAUGAACAGAUGAUCCAAAGCAGCCGUCAAUUGGCGGAGGCUCGAAUCGUCACUCAUCAUGCCCUGAUUUACUCUGACUAUGAGCAAAGCACCAUUGACUCGAUUGGGUCACACGCGUUGGAAUUGCUAAAGGAGCAGUUCUCCAAACUUCGGGACUUUGGCGCAUAUCUGGCCAUCACCAAUACGUCGGCAUUGUUUGAACUAGGCUCUCCAACGAAUGCACUCUUCCAGCACUAUACAACGGCAAUCAACCAGGCAAUGCAGAACUCCAGGCCUUCUGCAUCGCUAUCAGAUCAUCGAAGUCAGGUUCCCCAAGGCCUAUCAUCCGCUUCGAAUCACACUCGUGCCCUUGAUUCAAGCAAAAAGUUCUGGAUUGACACCUUUAACCUGGUACUGCGCAGCUACCACGAGACAUCUUUGAAAGACUCGUUAUCGUACAUGCACGUCAUGCUCGUUUUCUUGCACAGUCUACACUCGCUUCGCACCCGACUUAUGAAUGGACAGCAUAAUACGUAUCAGGCGCCCCUUGACACUACCAUCUUGCCUUGGAGCGCUCUUGCGAAAUAUCUCAACAAUCUCGCCGAACAGUAUCCUAUCAGCGCUCGUGUGCUGGAAUGCGCUCGUCAGGGCGUCUUUCUGACCCCGGAGAGCAAGGAACACGCGCGUCCCCUCCCUGAGGACUACCUCAUACGCGGCCUGAUAUGGGGCCAGUUCCUAUUCCGCCCGUGUUGGUUUGACGGGCAAGGCGAAGACGACGGAAGGGCGAUCGAGACUUCGUAUACGACCCAGGCGAGGGCAGAGCGAGUUCUCUGGCUUGGCCUCUGUCUGGCUUUCCACGCUGGACAUCUCCAAUACGACGUCCAACGACGUGUCUUCUCGGCAUCGAAGAUUCCGACGCCUGUGCCGGAACAGAAUUCAGUGACCGACCCUACAGAGGUCGCAUCCACUGAGUGCGAACCGGAACAGGUCUCGGAUACUCCCAGCCCAAACAACACGCGGUCCUCUCUCGCGCCUUCGUCCAGCUCCAACAGCGACGACGGCUUCCACAUCGUCAAGGCUCCACGGUCCAGCAAGUCCACUACUUCGCCACAGCAAUGCACCUGGGCAAAAGUGGCAUCCAACAAUGCUGAGACGUCUCCGCCGAGGAAACAGCGCAGGCCUGAGAACAAUGCGAUCAAAGUCGCUGACGAGGACGGCAUGGUCUGGAGCGCGGGAGAUGAGGACGAGAAUGGAGAUUUCCGCCCUGCGCAACGGCAAAUGCUCCGCAAUGGUCACUCGCGAGCUUGA